GUUCAGUUUGUUUUUGGCGUUCGUUCGUUGCUGCAAGAGGACUGGUGCGUUCGUUCGAAGCCCAGCAUAAAAACGUGAGAUCACCGCACGUCUUUAACGGCCAGUGUGCGUACGUAAAUACAGCCUCACCUGGAGCAAUCUUCGAUACACCCACUCGGGGGAGGACAAAAAAGGGGGCGAUAUUUUAGGAAUUAAAUGCAACAUUAAGUGCGUAGGUGAUACGUUUACAGUGAAAUCAUGAAUUUGUGCUUUUUCGUAUAAAAGAAGUGUCCUCUGUGCAAAAUUUAUGCAUGAUUGGAUUUAGCCACCGUUUACGGGUGUUCUCUCUCGCGAGUGAUCCGUGCGUGAUAAAGCAUUCAGUGGUUUGCAAGUGGUUGAAAAGGUGCGGAAAAUAGUGCGCGAGUUCUAAUACAAAAAUGACGUCACAGCGAUUCCGGAUUCGGUGCAUAAUAGUUCGCCUACAGUAAAUUUGCUGCAAAGCGACCAUUCGAUAUACGAAAACCAUCCAUAGCCAAAGUUAGUGGCGUGCGGUCAUCAUCGUGUCGCAUUCGUCGAUAUCAGCAUUGGGCGGCCAUAUCAUAUCGGCGUGUAUGCCGGCGGGUUAAAUUAAUGAGGCAGGUGUUACUAGCUCAGAUUGGUGCUGCUCGUGCUCUGAAUCAAUUGGUUCGAUGAGAUAGUGUGUGAAAAAAGCAUUGCCAAAAGCAUCGUUAAUUGCGAGUGUGCGUGGAAAACCGUGGAAAUAGUAAAAAUACACAAAAGUACAACAGAUAGUUGGGGGAAAAAGUCGGUGUGAAAUUCGUUGUGCACAUUCUUGCGCUUGUGCUUCGUUUUGUUUUCCACCUUGCUGCCGGUGAAAUAAAUGCCGAAAUGUUGAUUAUUGAAUCAUUGUGUCACAUAAAUAAUUAUCCAUGAAAAAUCGAUCGUGUACCGUGCCGGCUAUUUGUGUAUUGUAUCGAGGUGCAUACGAUCAGGGUCGUGUUUCCUCUAGAGCGGUGUCUGUUUGCAGCAGCAAAGAAUAAACCGGAAUUAUUUUACUCACCUGGUGAAUACACGUGGCUCGGUGGCAGUGCAUGCAGACACGGAGGCAGCGGCAGUGUGCAGCACCUUUCGGCGAUACCGCGAUGAUGGUGUGUUGAUGCUUUUUUAUGUGUGGCAUCAACCAUUUUCGAACCAAUUAUCGCGGGCAAAUUUAAAAAAUUGAUCAACUCUUUCCUCCGCUUGCCCUUCAUUUCCCGCCGUGGCCGAGGAGUCCCUUGGCCAACAGGACAUAAGGGAGUGAAGGUGGGAUUGGGGAAAAACGUAAAAUAAAUACAUUAAAAAAACCAUCGAGCGCAAUCAGCAAGGGAAACGCCAGCAGCAUACGCAUUGUGAUACGUCGAUGCAAGGUGUGGAUAAUCGGAAACAACAAUGAACUGCUUCCGCAGAAACUUGGUCACUAUACAAGCGGUGGCAUUUUCGGUGACGCUGUCAGCGCUGCUCACGCUCGUCACCGUCGUGGCCGCGGACGAAAUCCGGGACACACGCGAAGGCGAAACGGUCACGUUAAAAUGUCGCUUCAGCGAGCAGUCGGCGGCGAGCGAUUUCUCCUACUACUGGGCACGCUCCACCGGCAACAAAUUCGACAAUGUUGCCAUCAAGGGUGUCCAGCUUAACACAAACUACAGGAUUGACUUUCGACCAGAGCAGGGUAUAUACGAUCUUACCAUUAUGAACACAUCAUACAGCCGGGACAAUGGACGGUUUGAGUGCCGCGUGAAAGCGAGCGGCACGGGUGCGGACGUUCACCAGGAGUAUUACAACCUGACCGUUCUCACACCACCACAGCCACCCUUUGUCGAGCCGGUCGAGCUGCGGGCAACCGAGGACGAAAAGUUUGAUCUGACCUGCAGUAGCAUCGGUGGCUCACCGGAUCCAACCAUCACGUGGUACCGAGUGGGUUCGGAAAAGCCGCUCAAGUCGACCAUCACCAAGGGUGGAUCGAAGGAUCUGCGCACCUCAAGCACCCUAUCGAUCGUUCCUCGCCGGGAGGACGAUGGGGCAAAGUUCCGCUGCGUCGUCUGGAAUCGUGCCAUGUCGGAGAAGGACAAGCUGGAAACGACAGUCACCCUGUCCGUGAACUAUUUUCCACGAGUGAAGGUGGGCCCGGAAAACCCGCUACGCGUCGAGCGGGACAGCACUGCCGUGCUGGAGUGUGCCGUAGACUCGAAACCGAAGGUACCGAACGUACGGUGGACACGGAACGGGCGAAUCAUCAGUUCGUCGCACUCACACCCGAUACAGCGUGUGUCGGUGCAGGAUGCGGGCAACUAUGCCUGUGCCGCGGACAAUGGGCUGGGCAAGAUCGGCGAGCAAAUCAUUACGCUAGACGUGUUGUACGCACCGAUUGUCGUGAUCGAGUCGAAAACGUGGGAAGCGGAAGAGCGUUCCACCGUGACGAUUCGGUGCAAUGUCACCUCCAACCCGCCGCCGGUAUCAAUCGAAUGGUUCAAGGAGGGCAGCCCGGACUUCCGGUACGCCGGUGACAUCCUGCAACUUAGGGACGUUAAGGCGGAACAUGCGGGGCGGUACGUUUGUCGGGCGGUCAACAUGAUGAAGCCGUACAAUGGCAAGAUCGUUGAACGGGUGGGCAAUUCCACCGUGGCCCUGCUGGUGCGUCAUCGACCUGGCCAAGCAUACAUCAAUCCGAGCAAACCGAUCGUCCACGUGGGUAACGGUGUGACGCUGACCUGCUCGGCGAACCCACCCGGCUGGCCCGUCCCGCAGUUCCGCUGGUUUAAGGAUGCAGUCGGAGAGCAGCAGACGCCGAAAACCAUUUUAGCUCAAGGAACUCAGUACGUGAUACCCCGGGCGCAUCUCGGCAGUGAGGGAAGCUACCACUGUCACGCCGUCAACGAGAUGGGCUCUGGUCCGAUGGCCACGAUCAACCUGGAAGUGCACCAACCUCCCCAGUUCAUUGGCAAAAUGCAACAGCACAUGACGAAGCGUAUUGGCGAUACGGACUUCUCGGCCACGUGCCAUGCGAAGGGUAAGCCGCGCCCGAUGGUACGUUGGUUAAAGGAUGGCCGUGACAUCACAACCGAUGCCAACAUGUACCGCAUCAGCACGAACAACAACGACGGUCUCAGCGGCAUGGUGACGGUGCAGAGCACGUUGCUCUUCCAGGGGAAAGCCCGUCCGCACAAAAAUCAACUACUGCCAAGCGAUCGGGGCACUUACACGUGUCUCUUUGAGAACGAGGUCAGUACGGCUAACGCCAGCAUGAACCUGCGCAUCGAGCACGGUCCGAUCGUGCUGCACCAGUACAACAAGGUGGCGUACGAAAUCAACGAGAAUGCUGCCGUCAUGUGCAGGGUGCAGGCGUAUCCAAAACCCGAGUUCCAAUGGCAGCUGGGUACCAACACGGCCGCCCUGUCAAUGUCCGCUGAUGAGCACUACGAGAUCAACACCACCACCGACAACAACGACAUUUACACAAGCGUCCUUCGCAUCAACCGGGUUAAGCACGAAGAUUACGGAGACUAUACCUGUCGGGUUGGAAACUCGAUCGAAACGAUCCGGGCACCGAUCCGGCUGCAACCGAAAGGACCGCCGGAAAAACCGACCAAUCUCGGGGUGGCCGACGUUGGUUCCAACUACGUGUCGCUUGUGUGGGAUCCGGGCUUUGAUGGUGGCAUUACCAAUACGAAAUUCUUCGUAUCUUACCGCAAGGUCGCAAUCCCGCACCACGACCAGGUGAAGGAGGACUGCGGCAUUGUGCAGCAGGUCAGCUCGGAAUGGAUGGAGUACGACUGUCAGCGUGAUGUACCGUGCAGCGUAACGCCACUGGAUCAGUACCAGAGCUACGUUUUCAAGGUGAAGGCGAUCAACAGCAAGGGCAAUUCGGAACCCUCGAACGAAGUAGCGACCACGACAAAGAUCAGCAAGAUCCCCGUACCGCUGCACGUUGGUUUCGAUCCCGAUACGAAACAGCUUGGCCUAAACAUUGGAGCCACCUGUCUGGCACUGAUCGCGGUGGUGGAGACCAUCGGUUUUCACGAAAGCCCGAUAGCCACCUGGCAAGUGGUGCAAUCGAUACCGCUAGCAGUGUCCGGCAAUGGACCGACGUACAAGGAGCAGGUGCUAGAAAAUAUGUACUCCGCCCGACGUUCGAGUGGCCGAUCGAUGGCCAGCGAUGAUGAUUUCCCGAUGGCUCUGGAGGAGGAAAUCCCUCCGAAGGUGCGCGUAAAGCUGUGUCUAAAGUCAAGCCACGAGUACUGCGGGGACUAUAUGGAUGCUGAAAUUGGUCCUGCUCUCAUACACGAUUCCGCUUUCAUAGCAACGCCGACGCUGAUCGCGAUCGUGGUUUCGUGCGUAGUCUUUGCCCUGUUCGUGGGUCUCAUGCUAAUGUUCUGCCGCUGCAAACGCAAUCAAACGAAGAAAUCGAACCAAACGAAAGACUACGAGAUGGACUCGGUCAGACCGUCCAUAGUGGCACAGCAAAGCCAGGCACCGCCGCCCUACUAUCCAACGACUACCGGCCUGGACAACAAGGCGCUGGAGCACUCGAUGGAUUUAGCCUUGCAACUCGAAGACCAAAAAACAUCCGUCUACGCAACGCACAACGGGUACGGCUAUCACACCGGCACGGGCAUACAAGUGGCUGGCCAUAGUCUACCGGCCAACGAAUGGGUCACGAUGGGUUACACGGAAAACAGUUACACCAACUCAAACAACGGAGGCAGCGUCAAUUCACAGGAUUCCAUCUGGCAGAUGAAGGGAGCACCGCCACCAUCAACCGCUGGCCACCAUCCCGCAACGAUGGCCGCCAUCGGCAUCCAGCCGCUCUCGAUGGGCAGCUUGCAGCACGGUGGCUCGGCGUAUGCUACCACCACCACCACCACUACCGCUGCGGCCGGUUCGAGUACGCCCGGUUUGGCCUAUGGGUACGAUCCGAUUGCGACGCACUCGAACGUGUACGGCGGCGCGAUGACGAUAGGGGGUGACGAGUACAGCCAAUAUCCCCACCAGGCGGCCACACCCAGCCAGCACGGUGGCGAAGACGACUACCUACACCAUCAUCACCAUCAUGCGGUGGCGGCAAUGCGCCAAAGCCAGAAUCCCUCCCGGCAGCAGGAGUACUGCGGCGAUUCCUACGCGUCUGUACAUAAAGCAAAGAAACGAUUAGACCAGCCAUCGCAUUUCGACUCAUCAUAUCACGACGUUAGCGGUUUGCCCGAUCCGUAUCUGGAUCAGCAGCAACAGCAGCAGCAGCAACAGCCACAACAUCAGCUGCAUCAGCUAGAUCAGGAGGACAGCAAAUCACUGCUACAGCUAAACCACCCGCAAGACCACGGCAGCUUACACCUGCACGCACAGCAGCAGCAGCAGCAGCAGCAGCAACCGCAACCAAUCUACGAGGACAACCUGGAGAGCGGCUACUCGACACCGAACUCGCGGAAUCGUCGCGUCAUACGGGAGAUAAUUGUCUGAGAACAGCCCCGGGUACGGUUCGCGGAUAGCGGAUCGUGCCUGUAAGCUGGAGGUGUGAAUCCAUCCAUUUCCGGUUUUUCUUU